AGGCAGCUCUAUUCUAGACGGUCACACCAACCACGAGAUAAAUAUUUUUUGUUGCAUGAAAAGUGAGCAGAAACGUUGUACAUGAAUAAUUGAAAAACUAAAAUGGUUUCCAUGCAAUUCGUGUUGCAACCACUUCCGGGAUCGGACGAUCAGUUCAUUGAAAGGAUUCGGGAGGUCUCUGAAAAAGUCAACAGAUUUGGAUAUGGCACUCAUCGCAUAUUCGAGCAGCUAAAAAUUCCUGUACGCGAAGUGGUCAUUGGACCUACACACAUUGGUGUUUUACUGGAGGAUGGCAAAGCUUUCCGCGUGUCCUUCUCCAUCAAUUCGGAGAAACUCGACUUGACAAAAUCAGACGCAAAAUGCUCCACAAGCGGAGGUGCCGGAGCGACCAGUGCGUCAAAGGCGCCCUCUUCAUCCCGACCGAUGGCCAGGUCCAGAGCCCGGCUCCUUCGCGCAACAGGUCGGUCCAGCUCCACUGGUCAGGGUUCCGGAUCUCGGAGCACGGGCGUGAUUAUAGGGGGUAACACUUCGACCCGACCCUUGGUCACAGUACCCGCCACGUAUGUGCCGGAAGAACUUAUAUCCCAAGCGGAAGUGGUUUUACAGGGCAAGAGUAGAAAUCUCAUUAUUCGAGAAUUGCAGCGUACCAACUUAGAUGUAAACCUAGCUGUGAAUAAUUUGCUUUCUCGCGACGACGAGGAAGCCGAAGAUACCGAAGAAGGUGCAGACAAUUACGUGCCUGAAGACCUUAUCUCACUGUUGGAUAACGGCUUUAGCGGUGAUAACAACAGCGUCAUCAUAGAUCCCUCAGACGGCCUCUUUUCGGAAGAGAUAUUUACCAACUAUUCGAGCAUUCGCAACUUGCUGUUCGACCGUAUCCGCAGCGAGCGCAGUAAUUCGACCGCUAAUGCCGCUGACAGUAAUCAAUCGAACCGCUCAGCAACAUCGGGCGCUGCUUUAAGUGGAAGUACUGGUCUGUCGGCUCAAAUAUCGGUUAAUGCCGACCGAGAGGCCUUUAGCCGUUGGCGGGAUCGCCAGUACUACGGACCGCGACGUUGGAUUAAUAAAGACGAUUAUACUUGGGAUAAAGAUGCUGAUUCCAAGAAAAAGGAGCCUUCUCCCAUGCUGUCUCCUAUUUGGAUAUCAGAAGAGCUGCAGCCGUGGCCGGAGAAGAGUUCAGUUCGCUUUAAAACCAUUGGCGCUCUAUACUCGGAGUUUAUUGCAUUGUCAGAGGGCGGAGAUUUGUACCAAUGGCGUUGGUCAGACCCAGAGCCGUACAAGUCGGAGGGGGAAAAUGUGUAUCAUCCGAAAACUGCGGCUCUAAACAUCGCUGAACGAGUUGAACUCAUUUCGGCCAACUUUAUCAGAUGCUCUGUAGUCACAGAAACAAAUCGCGUGGCUACAUGGAUGGACGAACAGCUGGGAUACCUUGGUGCAAAGCUUGAGCACACAUCCUGCACUUUCAAUGAAUUCAUUUCGGAUCCUAUCACCAAGAUUCACGUCUGUUCCUUGUACACAGUUGUUCGCACAGACAGUAACAAUAUCUACUGGUGGGGCGUUUUGCCUUUUGAUCAGCGCCGUUAUUUGUGGGACAAGUUCCGGACUAAGACGAAGAAGCCCUUUAAGGCAGUCGCCACUGACAUUAAUGUGGGCGCUCAAGUGAUAAUGAAGAAAUGUCUCUAUCAAUCUGGAUCAAUCGGAUUUACUUGUUCCAAUGGAGUGCCAAAGGUCGGGCAGCUUUUAAAUUCGGUUUGGAACUUCACUGAUGUGUGUCGCAUGAAGAUCAUAAAUAUAAACACAAGUUCGGGCGUGGAAAAGUCGCAGGCUGCAUCCGGAAUCAAUGUAAAUGCCCAUGGAAUCGCACCAGAUAAGGAUCUGCCGAAGACCACAACCUUGCCCACUACUGCAAGCACCAGCAAAAACGGACAGUCGUUCUCAAACAGCAAAGAAUCGACAGAUCGCAUCGACAUGCCCCCACCCCCGUCACCGGCAUCCAGCACCUGCAGCGACACUGGCAGUGUCACAUCGCACAAGCGCACCAAACGAGUGACCACGAAAGAGGACUCCAACGUCCCACAGGAGAAUAGGAAGGACGAAGAGCUGUCCCUCAAGGCCGUGGUUUUUGUUGAGGACAAAGUGGGUCCCGUGGGCAAGGUGCUCAAGGUCGACGGCGAUUUUGUGGCCGUACGGUUCCCAGCUAUGAAUGCAGCAGCCGCUGCUGCUGCAGCCUCCGCCGCCAGCUCCUCUUCUUCCUCAAAUGCACCCUCAACAUCCAAGGAAGAGGGCAAGGAGGACGACUGGCAACAGUGCCGCCUACUGCGACGCGAGGACGUCCAGGUCUUUCGAACUGCAAUGUCGACUCGUGGCCCCGACUGGCUCCAAAAGCAACCCAAAAAAAUUAAUGUCGGAGCCGAUGCGUCUGGCGUCCAGCUCCUGACCCUGGCCGUCGACUCCCGCGGCAUACACGUGGUCAAGAAGGUCCUCGGUAAGAUCCACUACAGCUUGUAUAACCUGUACAAUAGCAAACAGGAGCAGAACUGCCUGUUUCCUACGGACAGCGCUUCAUUUAUUGGCUCCUCACCCGGCAACAUUCUAAUGGCCUGCAACAAUGACUGCAGCGGAAACAGCAGCACGAUAGUGCUCCGCGAUGGCAAUGGAGCACUGUAUCCCCUAGCCAAGGACUGCCUCGGUUCGAUUAAGGAUCCCCAGUGGUUCGAUUUGCCGCCGGUGAAGUCUAUCACCAUGGCCACCAUCUCGUUGCCGGCGAUGCUCUCUGGCGUGAACCUGAAAUCCAAGGUCUGCAUGACUGCCCUGCUGUUUGAUACCCAGAAGCUAAUGCCGCACAUACUGCGUUGCGAUGUGAAGAACAGUUUUGCAGCCCUUAGCCGCCUGGAGAGAGAGGAUCAAGCGGACACAGUCCUGGUCGUGGAGGAACGCUGUGAUGGUGCCCGCAACAUAUUCCAUGCUUGCGUGAUUAUGUGUGCGCCAUCUUCAAACAAAGACUCGCCACCAGAUUCACCCAGCGGUGGUGCUGCCGACAAGAAGUCACUCUCCGUCGGACUCUCCGUUGCUCGUUCCAUCCCAACGGUGUCGACAAGCGCGUAUGUUAGCAGCAACGCUUUCGGGGCUAACGCAGCCUCUACCAGCGAUAAUUCGAGUUUCGCCACAAUGAGCUCAUCUGCCGCUGGAUCCUCUGCACCAUCGGCAAGUCGAGAUAGUCGGAUUAAUUUACGUGAUAUGAUGCACCGUCUUAUUAACACCGAUCAGGCAGAGCAGUCUGGCAGUAGCCAGCCCAUGGCCAGCGCCAAUGAGGACCACGCCUACAUACCCUGGCCACAUGACACACCGGCGGCCAGCAAUCUGAGCGCCAGUUCAUCACAGAACAAUACAGAUAGUAUCGAAGACGACAUCUCGAAGAUAAUUCCGUCCUCCUCCCAGAGUUCCAUGAUCUCUAACAUAAAAUUGGGAUCUCCCAACUACACCUUUGACUUGGCUCAACGUCGAGAGCACGCUCUACUGAUUCUGCAACAGAUGUGCGUCAGUCCAGCAUUGCGUCCAUAUCUUUGCCAAAUGCUUAGCACCAAGGAUGCUCAAGGGCAGACACCGUUCAUGCUCUCCGUUUCGUGCCGCGCCUAUGAGGCCGGAAUUAUACUGCUAAACACCAUUCUCAUGCUUUCCGAGCAGGAUCCCCAGCUCAAGGAGGCCAUGAUCUUCCCCAGCGGUUCACCGGCGGACCAGUCACCCCUGCAUGUUAUAUGCUACAACGAUACUUGCUCGUUCACUUGGACGGGGGCCGACCAUAUCAACCAGAACAUUUUCGAGUGCAAGACGUGUGGACUCACAGGAUCCCUGUGCUGCUGUACCGAAUGCGCCCGAGUCUGCCACAAGGGUCACGACUGCAAGCUGAAGCGGACGGCUCCGACUGCCUACUGCGAUUGUUGGGAGAAGUGCAAGUGCAAGGCCCUCAUCGCUGGCAAUCUAACCAAGCGGUUCGCAUUGCUCUGCAAACUGGUUUCCUGUACAGAUUUGGUCACGAAAUUCAACUCCAAGGGCGAGUCAAUUCUGCUAUUUCUCAUCCAAACUGUGGGUCGACAAAUCGUGGAGCAGCGUCAGUAUCGCUUCAACGUUCGAGUGCGAAAUGUUGGUAACGCAGCCAGCGGGGCGAAUGGCAGCAACACGGUUAUAUCCAAUCGGAAGACAUCUUCAGCAGAAAUGGAGAGUGACAUGCCGGAUCAUGAUCUGGAGCCGCCGAAGUUCGCCAGAAAAGCCCUUGAACGUCUGCUGAUCGACUGGAAUGCGGUGCGCGCUAUGAUCAUGAGCGGAGCUGAAAAGGCCGAGGUUAAUGUCCAGAAUUCAGGAGCUAACGCUCCCUCAGACAGUUCCAACUCUGAUGGCUUCAACAUGUUCAUCCAGACUCAGCACGGAUCGACGCUUCUCGAUAAGUUCACACACAGCCUCAUUGUGAAGUGCACUGGCGACCAUCUGGACACGUUGCUGCUCACACUUGUCCGGGAACUGCAGAACGCAAGCGUGGCCAAUCGCUGCAAAGAGGCCGAGGAAGUGGCUCGGCGCUUUGUGCGCUCAGUAUCUCGCGUUUUUGUCAUCUUUAAUCUCGAGAAGCAGCCGAAUCCAGAGAAGCGCAAGACACAUGCGUCGUGCAACAAAUACGUUCAGAGCUGCGUGAAGGUAUUUCAGACUCUGCAUAAGAUUUCAAUUGAGGAACUGGUCGAGGUCUCCGAAGCCCUGAUUGCACCAGUUCGCCUUGGCGUUGUACGUCCCACAGCUCCGUUUACGAUGUCAUCGUCGAACCUGGAUAAUUCUGACGACUUGUUCAGCGUGGAUCCUUUGGCACCUUCCAACGUGGAGUCUACGUCUGAGCAGAUACUAGGGCACGAUGGGGGCAACGAUCAAAGUUCCAGUUUUAAUAUUCAACAAAACUACGACGUAGUUGCAAUGGAAACUAUACGAGACGCCUCCGAAUCGGAAGAAGUUAUAAAUCGGGAAACCAAUUCCCACAGCCAGGACGAUGAAUUGAUAGAAAAUCAACGAAACGAGGACGGCAUGCAAGACGAUGAGAGCGACAAUGACUUUACUUUUAAUGAUGCUGAGACCGAGUCGGACUCCGAUGACAAUCAAAGCAAUCAGGAGGCACAGAGAAGCGUUCAAACUGGAGCUACAGUUGGUUCGGAAACUGAUAUUGGUGUCCUGUUUCUUGAGGAUGAAUCUGGAGAUUCGUCUGCUCAAGAGGAAGAUGGUUCGGAGGAUGGCGAAUCCGACGAUCACUCUGACGAAUUCAAUUUCAAUGACCAGCAACUUGAGCGCCGCAGCACAAAUUCGAAUGCUCGCAGUGACCUAGCGCCGCAGACGAUGCAGUGGGCAAUAAGGAACCGAGACACUGCUCGCUCAUCUGUACGGGUGCCCACUGGAUCCAAUAUGGUUUUCAUUGACCCAAUGGCGCUACGACGCUCCGCUGUGCCGGCCAACACAACGGUCACCACUCCCUCUAUUGAGCCCCACACAAUGGCGACAACGGCUAGCAACUUGGCCAGGGCAUUUGGGAUCACUAUCAGACAGAUCUCGGAGCUUAUAAGUAUUCUAUCAUACAACAUUGUCAACGACAUUGAAACUUCACUCAAGAUUCAAACCGAUGAGGCGAUCGCAGUCCAAGCAUUCGUUGAAAAGCGUUUAAAGUCCACUUGGGACUGGAUGUUUACGGUAAUGGAUGGAACCGAGGCUCAGCUAAAGUUUGGAGCUUACUUGACUAACUACACCGAUCCGAACCACCCACUGCAUCCGCUUAACCUGAGUGCUCAGGCUUCAAGUAGUCAGCCACCGGCUCCGGCCACCUCAACAUCCGUUGGUGUUAACAUGAUGGGAUCGAAUUCACGUCGCGUUUUUACCUACUGCCUAUCACUGAUGCGAUCCCAUACGUCUGAGCACAGAGAUGCCCUGCCAGUACUCGAUAUAACUGCCCUGCGUCAUAUUGCAUACGUACUUGACGCCUUUGUUUACUAUAUGCGCAACGACACGGGCUUCUAUGACAAGCAGGAGACCAUAUCCGGACGCGUAAACAAUUUAUCAUCGCCAAUGGUGGAGAGCUAUGAUACUGAUGAUGAACUAACCAAUCUGGAAGACUACAGUACUGAGGCUAAUCCGUCGACUAGCAGCAACCUAACAUCCGGCAGCACCGGUACCCGCCGUCACACUUUCUUUGCACGAUCGGAAUCUACAUUGAGCCUCGGAUGCUCGGCGCCGGAAGGGUUCGAUCUUCCGCUGGAUAUGGCCAUGCCACUGGCCGACAAACCUCAUUUACUGCAGCCAAACUCGAAGCGUCAGGAGCUAUUUUCUAACCUGCCGCUCCUGGUAACCACAAGUGGUAACACCCCCAACACAAGUGGUAGCGACAGCACUAUUGACUACCCGCCCACAAGGCUGGGAUUUUCCAAUUCCUUAAAAAGGAAUGACGAGCAUGUUUAUGAAACAGUUCUGGCUAAAAACCAACAGCAGCCCAUGGAUGUAACAAUCAAUGUUGAGUCUAGCAAGACACUGGGUGAUGGAAAUGCAACAUAUAAGGCUGAGGGCUCUUCUGCUGACUCUAAUAUCUACGUACAGUUAAAGAAGAAACAGGGUCCAGAUGAUUUCAAGUCCCACAAAGAAAACGAUGGUAAUCACGGUAAGUUCGAUAAAGUUGUUUCAAUGGAAACCGAUGAUAUUCCAAGUACAAGCAAAUCGACAGAAGCCUUAAUGGCGACUCGGCCUGAAGUUAUCAUUGCUCCAAAUAAGACCACCACCUGCUCCUCAGUGACUUCAGCGAAUGCUGCAGCUCGUAGUGUUAUAGUUCUGGCAGGCGGGUCGUGUCUGAAAUCGGUCGACUCGGACAUGAACGUGUCGCCAUCCGCUGCGAAUUUAUCUGCUGAACAAGCCAAAUGUGAUACACAUCAUCAGAAGUCUGCGCCGUCGCAUCACCUGCUCUGUUUUCCAGGCCGCGGCUCUCUGUUUUACCAAAGUAGCUUUUCGGAAUUGCCUUCGUGGAACUUUUUGCUAAGUCGUUGGAAACUAGCAUUAGAUUUAUUUGGACGCGUCUUCAUGGACGAUGUGGGCAUGGAGCACGGAUCCGUUCUGCCGGAAUUGCGAGGUUUCCCCGUCAAGGAAAUGCGUUUCCGCCGUCACAUGGAAAAGCUUCGCAACGGCCAACAGCGUGACUUGGUGCUAUGCAAACUAGAGAGAAACCGCGAGAGCUUGAUUGUUCAAACUUUCAAGGAACUAAAUACUCAGUUUGGCAGCCAAAACCGACGCUCACAGCCGCCCAUCACGUUUAACCGUGUUAAGGUGACGUUUAAGGACGAGCCAGGAGAGGGAUCUGGUGUGGCGCGCAGCUUCUACACAUCGAUUGCCGAGGCCCUUCUGGCCAAUGCGAAAAUCCCCAACCUUGAGUCAGUACAGGUGGGCAACAGCCACACCAAGUACGGAGUGCCCUUCUCGAGCAUCCUGCGUAGUAGAACAGUGUCGGGAUCUAGUCGUGAUCAGUUAACUCCACAGAGGCGUGGCACCAGCAGCAAAAUAUUAUGGAGAUCGGCCCGUGAAAGGAAGGUCCUAAAUUUGGACGCACGGCCAUAUACGCCAAUGAAUGCUACAGAUAAUGCUAUACCGGAAGGCAUGAACGAUCAUUUGUCGGUCCAUCUGCAACAGCUUGGAGAACGCUUGUAUCCUAAGAUCCAUUCGAUAAACCAAACGCACGCGGCGAAAAUAACAGGAAUGCUACUAGAGAUACCAACGCCACAACUUCUUUCUGUGGUCUCGUCAGAUGAGACGUUGCGUCAAAAAGUAAAUGAGGCGAUCGAAGUUCUAACCUUCAAACAAAAAAGUGACGCCAGUACACAAAGUAGUCAGCCAAAAAAAUCCCCAUCUGUUGUGUUGGUGGAGCCUGCCGAUGACGAUAAUGAGCCAUUGUUCUAUUCUCCGGGCAAACGGGGCUUCUAUACGCCACGACAAGGCUUUGCAUCGUUCGAGCGCAUAAAUGCAUUUAGAAAUAUCGGAAGACUCAUUGGACUUUGUCUGUUGCAAAAUGAAUUGCUUCCGCUGUUUCUGCAGAGACAUGUAUUAAAAUAUAUCCUUGGACGUAAAAUUAAGUUCCAUGAUCUGGCAUUUUUCGAUCCAACACUAUACGAAUCUUUUAGGCAAAUUAUUCAAACAGCCCUAGCAAAAGACGGCGAAGAAACCAUUAGUCGAAUGGAGUUAUGUUUUGUAAUUGAUUUGAUGAAAGAGGAGGGCUGUGGCAACAGGGAGCUAAUUCCGGGAGGUCGCGAUGUUGCAGUGACUGCGAAUAACAUAUUUGAGUACAUAAGACGCUAUACGGAGUAUAGAUUGAUCAAGUCACAGGAAAAAGCUCUUGAGGCACUAAAAGAAGGCGUCUUUGAUGUUCUGCCCGACACCAGUAUGAACAGCCUAACAGCUGAGGAUUUGCGGCUGCUGCUGAAUGGUGUCGGUGACAUAAAUGUUUCAACAUUGAUUUCUUACACAACCUUUAACGAUGAAUCUAGCGAGGGUCCCGAUAAACUGUUGAAAUUUAAAAAAUGGUUCUGGAGUAUUGUUGAAAAAAUGAAUAUCUUGGAGCGUCAAGAUUUGGUGUACUUUUGGACUGGCUCGCCUGCUCUGCCGGCAUCGGAAGAGGGAUUCCAACCCUUGCCAUCGGUGACCAUAAGACCCGCAGAUGAUUCUCAUUUACCGACAGCGAAUACGUGUAUAUCUCGGCUGUAUAUCCCCUUGUACUCCAGCAAAUCAAUUUUACGCAGUAAAAUGCUGAUGGCCAUUAAAUCCAAAAAUUUUGGAUUUGUUUAAGCAAAUGAAACACACUUUCCCAUGUUUAAAAGUUUUGAAUUCGUCGUGUUUAGGUUUUCUUUAUCUUAUUUGACUUGUCAUAUUUAAUCACACCAUUCCCAUUUCUGAAUUAUAAUUUGUUUUAAAUUAAUAUAUUUUCGAAAAUUUACGUUGCAUCAUUAGAAGCGAUUGGCAUCGGUCACAAUUGAUAACUGAUAACAUCUGGUCUGGUUUGGUCUUGCUGGACUGGAGUAAAAACAUGAAGUUUCCAGAAAUGUAACCAUGAAAACAGCCAAUUAGGUAUUAGGAAGCCUAUGUUUUUUUGAAGUAUGACUUAUGCACAUGUAUAUUUAUCGAUAUCAAUUCAAUAGAAACUUGAAAUAAACAAUAAAUUAUAA